GGUUCUCAAGAUUCAACGGGGGGCCAGGAGGGGCUGGUGCCCCCGCCCUUCUCAGCGUUCCCUCCACCACCCCCUCCGCAGAACGGCCUGGGGACAGAGUUUGGCGGUGCUUUGUUUGGUGCAGGUGGGCAGGGGCCAUCGGAUUCAGGGGCUGGAACAAAUGGCUCAGCCACCACUCCCAACAUCUUACCCACCCCGCAGACAGAGGUGUCCCCAGGACAGGUAGAUGGAGUGGGGCAGUGCUUGGCAGUAGAAUUAGCAGGAGGAGUAUCCGGGGCUGACGCCUCAGAGGCCAAAGGAACCCCAAAACGACUUCACGUCUCCAACAUCCCCUUCCGCUUCCGAGACCCUGACCUCAGGCAGAUGUUUGGGCAAUUUGGGAAGAUUAUUGAUGUUGAGAUCAUUUUCAAUGAGAGGGGCUCAAAGGGCUUUGGCUUUGUCACGUUUGAGACCAGCGCCGACGCGGAGAAAGCCCGGGAAAGGCUUCACGGCACGCUAGUGGAAGGUCGCAAGAUAGAGGUUAACAAUGCCACGGCCAGGGUGAUGACCAAUAAGAAGAUGGUCAGCCCCUACCCCAACGGAGAGGCCCUUAGCACCCUGCCAUACGCUGGGUGGAAGUUAAGCCCAAUGGUGCAGGCUAUGUACGGACCAGAGCUCUAUGCAGUUCCAGGGUUCCCCUACCCGUCUGCGGCAGCGGCGGCCUCCACGGCAGCUGCGUUCCGUGGUGCCCACCUUAGGGGCCGGGGGAGGCCAGUGUACAGCGCCGUGCGUGCGGCAGUGCCGCAGCCUGCCCUCCCUGCCUACCCUGGCGUGGUGUAUCAGGAUGGUGGGUUUUAUGGAGCUGCAGACUUAUACGGAGGCUAUCCUGCCGCUGCCUAUCGCUUUGCUCAGCCUGCUGCUGUAACCGGGGCAACUGCUGCCGCUGCUGCCGCUUACAGUGACAGUUAUGGACGAGUGUACACUACAGAUCCCUACCACGCUCUAGGUCCUGCUGCUGCUGCCUAUGGAGUCGGUGCCAUGGUAAGAGCACCCCAACCUCAACACUACAACAACAGGCUGGAAACUGAAUUAUCUUCACUUUAUGCUAGUUUAUAUCGGGCUGGAUACAGUAGGUUUGCUCCUUACUAAACAGCACUCGCACCAUGGAAUUCCAUAUUUCUGAACCUCUUCAUUUGGAAAGAGCUCCCCUCCAUUUUCUACGGGGUGGUAGUAUAAACCCAUGUGUUUUGGAAAAAGGUCAUCCAAUCAAGAUAAACUCAACUGUAACUCGGCUUGCUUCAACUGUCACACUCACAGUGACUUAGUAAUGGACGAAUGAAAACUGCCUGUGAAUUUCAAGACUGGCAACAAUGAUUGAAGACAACUGUGGGAAGAACAAGAAUGGUUACAUAAAAAACACUAUUGGACGUGGAUGGAGAAAUUGCUGCCCACCAGUAACUUUUUACACUACAGCAUUACAAACCUUUGCUCCUAAUAGUCUGUGUGGUAAUAAUACCCAAUGCCUAUGUUACCAAAUUUAAUAUGUACACAUACAAAACUGUGCUCAGUGUGUUAGUUCAGCCUCAAAGUAGGCCAUCUCUAGCCUGAAACCCUAGGUCCUUUAUAUGAAGCACUACAUUGACAAAAACCUGCCCAGUGGAGGAAUCACAUCAGUUAACCACCUGGGCAAAGCAAGGAACACGUCCAAGUUUUUUUUUCUUUUAAAGAACCCGUUCAACAAAAAGGUGAAUGGCACGGAGAAAUGCAAAAGUAGCGAAAAGUCCAUAAUCUGACGCAGUUAAAUCUAGGUAACAGCUGUUGCUCUGAAAAUGAUUAGAGAAAUCCAAACAGUCUACCAUUACACCACCAACCCAACUGUAAAAGACAAAAAAUAAGAUAAACGGGUGUGAAAAUGACAAGGAAAAAGAAACAAAAUGACUUGUUUUUGUUCUGCAUUACCUCAGUUUUCUUUUCUUUAAUUGUCUAUGAAAAAGCAUUAUUGUUAUAAUGUGGAUGCAAUUAAAUUACAUCCACCAUCAUCAUUUUCACAUUUUCCAGUUGAUUAAUACUGUUAUUGCUGGUCUAUAAGUAUUAUGAUUAUUAUUACUGUAGUUGCAACUAUAAUGACACAAGUGUUUCGAUCUGUAUCAUGCAUCCUUACUAUUAUAUACCUACAUUGUCUUCUUUUUUCCUUUUGAGAAUAUUGUACAACUCAUGCCUGCUCAACACAACUCCUUAUACAUUUCUCUUUACUAGACUAUAUGACAUUCCAGGUGUAGCAUCACAAUUGUGACUGAAAGGGGUAGAAACAUUGAAAGUGUCUGGGCGUAGCUAACAAGCUGUAUAAACCAGUCAUGCAAGCUGGACCCAGCUAUUCACAGAUAAGAAUGGAAAUCUUAGGGGUUUGUGGGAACAAACCAGAUGGUAGGAAACAUAUGACAGUUACAAACACUACAAGUUGAUGUUACUUUUGGUUUCACCAUUUUUUUUAAAUAUAUUUUCUGUCAAAUUGACACAAAUACAGACACGCGAGAAGUGAAACACCCUAAUGUUCACCCAAUGCAAUCUUCCUCCCUCCUAAGUCUUUGGGAAUGUUAUAGUCCAGUAUGUAUUAAAGUCACUGCCUCAAUGCUUCUUUAAGGUACAGGAUGUGACCAAGAAAAAUAUAUAAAUAGUCUUUGACCUAUUAUGUAUCUCCAUAUACUCUGAAUAUGUUAUUAUUGCUAUUGUUUGUCAUUUGGUUCCAAAGAUUCUCUAAAAGCACACUUGUUGGUCAAGUGUACACACAUUUAUUAUACUUUUUAUGAUUGUUGUUCUUGCUGUUAUUUUAGCUUUUAUUCUAUUUUAUGGUGAGUUCAAAGUGCACCCUUUCAGUUUGCUCAUGGGGGUGUUUUAAAAGUACCCUGUCCUGGGAGAUGUCAUCUGAGAAGUGGAGAGAGAAGAUGGGGGGCAAACAUGAAUUUAUUUACAUCUUAUAGCAACAAAUUAAUAGACUUAAAAUCACAAAAAUAAAUUUGGGAACUGGCAAAGUUGGCCUUUUAAAAUGUUGGGUUAAAUAGAACAUUUAGGAGUCCACAGUAGACUUGAGAGGGGGAUUUGACAUUUUGAUACAGAAUAAAUGUCAGAUUAGAUUGAGUGUGAUGGUGAAACAAAGCGUUCUAUUCCACACAAUUUUAAAGAGCCUCCCCAAGCCUCCUUUGUCCAGUUGGGAGUGAGUGUGUAGUUCAGGGACAGUUCUAGGGUGGAGGACCCAGAGAGCUGAGCCAUAAACCACCUGUUGACAUGAUGAGUACCAUGUUACUAGCUGUUUUAUCAGGGCUGAAAUAGGAGAGGGGACCAGGUGAAGGAGGGUGAUACAUACAGCUGCAUUAGUUAUUCUGUUGAGUAUUUAUGCCAUGAUAUAAUGAGAAUAAGAAUUUUGAACUUCUCUUAAAAAGUAUUAAAAGUAUCAGUAUGCAUGUUUUUGUGAGAAGGACAGGGUCAAAAGUCAUUUCAUUUGUUGCAUGAAUCAAACAAUUUCUAUGGAAAGGAGGUUAUGUGAGAUAUGAAGGCAGGAUUGAGAGGGGUCUCAACAUAGUCCACUUUAGUUUGUUUGUAGCUAGGGGGAAUAAUGAUAUGUAAAACACUGCUUGUUUAUGCCUGAGUUAUCUAUGUUCUUCUGUGGUCAUGAUAUCAUUUGAAUUACCAGUUAUAUCUCUUAGUUCAAUUUUAAUUUGGAAUGUUGAACCCCUGCAGUUUUUAUUUUGAAGUAUGUUAAGUAAACCAAUGACAUUGUCCCACCAUGCACACAGCAGUUUAGCACAGACAGAACUAAGGUUGAUGUUUCCAAUGUGCUGCAUUGUAGCACAAGACUGCUCUGGCACAGCAACUGACCAUCCCUCCAUAACCUUCCACUUGUUACCCAGCAGUGGAGACUCCGCCCUCUCACGGCUGCUGAGAUCACCUUAGACCCAGCUGUGUGUCUGACUUACCCCUGCACUGUGCGGAAGUCAACCUAGUGGGAGUUGUUGGACAGGGAUUUCAUAUGAGUUGGAAUUGCAUGUGACUUUUUUAUUUUCACAUGUGCAUUGCUAAGCUCAUUGAUCCAAGUGAUAUUUUUUUAUUUUCUUCAACAAGUGACUUGUGUGUUGUUCCUCAUGUUUGCCCUCUGUUUCCUGUCAUUGUUAUUGAAUGUACAAAUAAACGGUUUGGUUUUUAUACUC